GUAUAUCUAAUUUUGUGAACAUGGCUGUUGCCAAUCCCUUGGCCGGUCCCUCAGCCCUCCGAGAUGUGAUUCACCCUCAAUUUCACCAGAAUAACUUUCCAGCUGAAAACUAUAUCAAAGCAGAACUUGGUGUCAAGCUGGACAAAGAUGAUCAAAUAUGCAGACUGGCCUUGACUGCCGCUGGCUGUCCUUUGGGACCGCUUCAUUGUCCUCUGCGGCAUACAACUCCCACCCUUCAGAACUUUCAACCCCCAAGACAACUUCCGACACAUCCCCGUGAAAGGGAACGUCUGGCAACCGUUUGUAAGCAUUGGCUACGGGGUCUUUGUAAAAAGGGAGAUGCCUGUGAAUUCUUGCACGAAUACAAUUUGCGACGUAUGCCGGAGUGUUGGUGGUUUGCUAAGUAUGGUUAUUGCUCAGCUGGAGACGAGUGUUUGUAUGCUCAUCCGAAAGAGCGGCGUGUAGAGUGUCCGGAUUAUAAUCGGGGGUUUUGUAAGCUUGGACCGAGUUGCCCGCGAAAACACGUUCGAAAAGUCGCUUGUCAACUUUAUCUAACAGGAUUCUGUCCUUUAGGACCUGAAUGCCUCCGAGGCCACCCUAAACCAGAUCUACCUCCAGCAAAAGCCUAUGAACCGUUAGAACCCCCAUCUACUCGCGACCUAGGCCCUCCUCCGCCUGGGUACGGGAGAUAUGCAGACUUUGACCGCGGAAUGAACAGCGGACCCGUCGCACAUCCAGGAUCCACGAGCGCGAUGCAAGGUCCCCCCAGAAGGAACCUUGACGAGGUCUUAUGCUUCAAGUGUGGAGAAAAGGGUCAUUAUGCGAACCAUUGUCGGAAUCGAAAUGUGCCUGGAAAUCGGGGUGGUAAUGAACGUUUGAAGCGAUUUGGAGAAGAGUGAAGUCUGAUAGUUACGUAAUUAUAUUCUGUUUUCGAGUAGUCUCCAGUCAAUCCGAUUCCUCCUUGCGAUUGCGG